AGAGCAGAAUAUGACAAGUAAUACUAAAACAAGCAGAGACGUGUGUCCUUAAGCACACCCCCACGCGCACCCCCGUAACUCCCUCCACCACUCUCACCUUCUUCUUCUUCUUCCUCCUCCUAUUCCGAUUUCCCCAAACCCUAAAAUAAUAAUAAUGGGCCAGGCACUUCGCCGAGCCGCCGGGAAAGCCCGACCCGGUUCAACCAUCGAAACGCCGUCGUCUUCUUCCUCAAUACCCAAGACCGUCGUCAAUCACCGGCCUCCGGUCACUCCCCCGGAACCGGUUCCGGAGAUCACCAAACCCGAUUCCGAUGGUAGUGAGAAUCUGCUUGAAGAACGCGAUCCCAAGUUCGAUUCGAUGCUGAAUCAGAUGGUGGGGAGGAUCAAAUCGAAGCCCGGAGGGAAACCGGAAAUGGGUGAGGCACAUGUGGUGGAGAAGUAUAAGAGGCCGCUACCGAAGCUGAGGGACACGAAGCCGGAUUCUGGUAGGUUUGAGGAAAGAGCAGCUCCACCGGGGACUCUGAAUGUGUCGCAGCUGCGGCACAUUAUACUACUGCAUCAGGGCAAGGCUGAGGAUCACAAUGGCCCCAUGGAGGUGCAGAGAAUUGCGGAGAAGUUUCGGGUUGAUGUAGCUGAGGUUAGGAGGAUUGUGCAGUUUGUGUCACUGCCUCCUGAGGAUAAUAGUAAACAGAAGAAGAAUUCUUGAAGAGGGAGAGCUAUGGUUUGAUGUUGUGAACUACUGACUUUGUGUUUGAAUAAUGGAUUUGAGGAUAUAGGGACUGAUAGAGAAGUGUUAGAGAAUUCUAUAUUUUCCAUAGCAUCUGAAAAAUGUAGGGUUUUUGUAAGCUAGUGCGUAGUUUCCAAGUCAGGCAAAAAGUUGUAUCACUGCUGAGGGUUUUGAUUUGAACACAAGAUGAUAGUUCUGUUUCCUUAUGUGAAAUUACAAAAUCUGUUCCUUC